AUGUUUAUGGAUUCGAAAUUUAGUUUAGUUAGCGGGAUAAAAUCAGGUGCCACCGAUGCGUUUUCGUUGCCGCCAUUGUUUGCCAGCGUCAGAUCAAAUGCUAGGAAUGGGGCUGCCCUUGCGGCCGCUGCCGCUGUUUCCCGUUUGGUUCUGACACCGCAUGCGGCUACCAUUAAAUCUAGAAGAGCGUCCUCUGCUACUUUCAACAAGGUUCUCGACAGUUGUGAAGAAUUGGAUUCGAAAGCGAGUGGUGGUGGUUCUGAGGUUGUUUCGGAGGGUCGUGCUGAUUUUGAGGGAUUAGGAGGUCCAAAUAAUGAUGCGGAUCAGGUUGGUUCUGAAAUGCGUCAGUCGUAUGAGAAAUUUGUUGAAGAAGAUAAUGUGGAAUUGGACAACUUCCAAUCUGCAGCAGUAGAAGUGAUCCCAAAAGUAGAUGCUAGUGGGGCGUUGUCCACAGGAGGUGGAGAUAGAAUUGGAGAGUUUUGUUUGAGUGAGUCCGAUGACGGUCAAGUAUCUAAUGUGGAUAAUUUGGAGAGAGUGGCAUCAUCAAGUCCCUAUGUUGAACACUACGUCACUUCUCCUGUUAGCAGUGUGAAUGAUUUAAAUUUGGAUGAUGUUAAAGAUGAAAAGGUUCCAUCUUCGUCAGCAGAUGAGAAAAAUGAUGACAAUGCUGAGCUUAUAACUCUCGCUAUAUCUGAAAAGCAGAGCUCUUCAUCCCAUGUUUCUGAUGAGGGCGCAAAUGUUGUAGAGGAUUCAACAAUUGUCAUUUCGAAAACACAUGAUUCAGAGCAUGUUGUACCUCAGUCUAAAUAUGGAGGAGUGAGUCUAGCUGGAGAUUAUACCAGUUCACCUAGUAAUGCUAUGGAAAUCUUUGACCUUCAACCGGAAAGCUAG